UAAGUUCUUUGGCUUGAAGGGAUCUUUUAUGCUUGAACUUCAAGUUGAGUAUAAAAUAUUCUCAUGGUGAAGUCUUGCUAUGGUUUCUCCAUGGAAUUAUGCAUGUCAUGACAAACUUAUAGCUGAGCAAGACUGCAGCAUGAUAAUUACACCUAUGUUCUUUGGCUUGAAGGGUGUCUUUAUGUGUGAACUUCUAGCAAGAGACCAUUCAGACUUUAUCUGCCGCAUGAAGGAUUAUAUAUCUCGGCAAGAAUUCAUAAAUAGAACCAUAUCUUCACUUGACAACCACUUUUCUGUGACUUCUCUGGAGCUUAAAUCAUAUGACUGUCCUGAUGACACGAAAUUUAUGCCCUCCUCUAGACUGCUGGGAAAACAAGAACUGGAGGAAAGUUUUGAGUCUGAAUCUGGGAAUAUCAUACUUCAGUCACUGUAACUGCUACAAGAUAAGAAGACCUUCGCGUGAGGUGCUACUGUAUGUCAAUGUACCUUAAUUGGUUAUUCGUGGAGGAAUAAUUUUCCCUUUUUCCAUGAGAGUAUUUUUGUUGGAUUGGGCUCCUAAUCUGGUUGUGGUUGCCUACCUCCAACUCAUUCAUGUUGCUACUUCCUCGGAUAAAAAUACUAAGAGGAAGUGCUACCUUUUACCAUUGUGCGUUACAGGGGGCAUAAUUAAGCUAAUGAAUUUUCUUGGAAAGAACUUAUUCCCAAAAGAAGUUAAGAAGAUGUAAUGAAAUUAAGACAUUUCAGACAACAGAAUGAGGGAAGAAAUAGGAAAAUGAUGGAGUUUGAAGGAAGCUGAUGGGAAUCAGUAUACCAAA